GUUGAAACCCACUCAGGAGGAGGUGUGACUCUCUCUCACUUGGCCGCCGACCACGCCAGAGCCGCUCUGCCAUGUGGGAAUGAGCCGAGAUGUUGUGCAUGCAGCUGGAUCGUGUUGGAGAAAGAAAAGCAAGACUUGGGGAGUAAGCUGAUUUAAAUUCCUGACCUUCUGGAAACCUCUCCCUCUCCUCUACUGGACUGCAGUGAAACCUAACACCUGAAGCCCUGAUGGACAGACUGGACGUCUAACUGGUCACUCGUCUCCCUCAGCUCUUUGCCUACCUGACCUCACUGACUCCCUCUGAGCUGAGACUCUGACUGCCAGGACUCCUGAUUGACAGUCUGGAUGCUGGUUUGCCCCUCCACCUGAACCUGAGCGAGGGGUCGACUGCCGGGACAGGUCUUCUGGACACACAUCAGGAUGAGUGGAGCAGGGGACGUGGUGUGUGAAGGUUGGCUGCGAAAGUCCCCCCCGGAGAAAAAGCUGCGACGAUACGCAUGGAAAAGACGUUGGUUCGUCCUGCGUAGCGGCCGACUGAGUGGAGAACCAGACGUUCUGCAGUACUAUAAGAACCAGCAUUCCCGACGGCCAAUUGGCACCAUCAACUUGAAUCUGUGUGAACAGGUGGACGCUGGCCUCUCCUUCACAAAGAAGGAGCUGGAGAGCAGCUUCGUUUUCGACCUGAGGACCGAGGAGCGGACCUGGUACCUGGUGGCCGAGUCUGAGGAGGACAUGAACCGCUGGGUGACGUCCAUCUGCCUGCUUUGUGGCUUCAACCCUACCGACGAUGAGAGACGCUUGAGCUCCAGCUCAGCCUCCACCUCUGGGACCACAACCAGAGGCACGCCCUCUAUCUCCAUGGUAACGGGGUCCAUCCCACCUCCAUACGACCCAGUGAGUGUGCGUCAUCUGGAGCACGAUAGCAGUGCAGAGGAGGACUACCUGUGGCUAUCAAACUGCCAGAGUCACACCAGGCCUCCUUUGGGUUCAGCCACCUCUCUUGAGACCGACUACAGUGAUAACCUCUACCCUCCACCCUCAGCCACCUCUUCCUCCUCUUCCUGCUCCUCCUCUUCUUCCCUGCCACCCAACAGCCUUCCACCUCCAUCCUUGUCCGGCUUCAGGACGGCUCCUUGGACAGUGGCUGCCAUGACGAGCCCCCUCAGCCAGUCCCUGGAUGCCAGCAUGACCUCUGACUUCCAGAAACGAGCCUCCAGACCUCACUGCCACCCCUCUCCUCAUCCCAGAAAACACUCCUUAGAUUUCCACCUGCGUCCUGUGGCCAUACCACUCAGCAGUGACAACCACUCCAACGGCAACCUGCAUCCUUCAAGCGCAACCAGCGGCUACCAGAUCCCCCGUCCAGCAUCCACCCCCCAACCGCCUCUACCUCGUCGGCCCUCCUCUACACCUAGCGUGGACUCGCUAACUCAGGCCGAGCUCCACGCCGCCAUCCCGCCUCCUCCUCCUCGGCCUCCCAAGCCCCCUCCGGUCACACAGCAUGGAGACGGCUCCACUGUCGGCUCACGGCGUGCCACGCUACCAAGAGACAGCUCAGAUCCAGAGAGGAGAGAGGAAGGCAUCAACCGAGGUCAACUGAUGAAAGGCAGCGAGUCUGUCUUCAUGCCUCGGUCUCAGUCUGACGGAACCAGCAUGUUUGAGUUCAGCGAGAGCUUCAACACCUACUUGUUUAAUAAAGGCAUGGUACCUCUGGGUGGCGUUUGCGCCGAAGAUGACGACGUGGAUGAAAGUUAUGUUCCUAUGAGCGCUGCCGCCACUGAGCCACCGGUCGCAGCAAGGGUACAUCCAGGGGGUCCGCCGGACUCCACCACCGAGCUCCAAGAUGCCAACUACGUCCCAAUGACCCCAUUGACCUCUACGCUUCCCGCUUAUCCCAUCCCUGCCACAGGUGACCUAGCAUUGCUGGGCAGGCAAGUGCCUCCGCCGGCCCACAUGGGCUUUCGUAAUUCUACCAUGAAUCCGGUCAUUCCUUCCACACCGCCAGCGCGGAGGAAUACAAUGAACAGCACCGCUGCAGGUGAAGCCGAAGUCAUGCCUCCUCCGGUCCAUCGCAACCUGAAACCACAACGAAAAGGUGUUUGCACCAGUCAGGCUGUGGAGAAAAGCGCCAGCCUGAGCCCUGCAGAGACUACACAUAAAAAAAGAGUAAAACCGGCUCCUCUGGAAAUCACUCAGGUGUCACAGGACUGGCAGGAAGUCCCGCCUCCCGUUCGCUCACCUGUCACUCGAACCUUCACUCGAGGUCCGUCCACUCGUGGGUCAUUCAGGCCGAGCUCUGCCCAAAGCUCGUCCCCCUCCUCGGAUUCUGACGACCCAGACGACAGCUACGUCACCAUGCUGACCUCCAGCCUCAGUCAUAGCGCUGGGGAGCAGUCUCUAAGGAUGAUGCUCCACCGGGCCUCCGAGGGUGGAGCCGGCAGCCCGUUGCUACACCGAGGCAAAGCUGAGAAACAGGUGGAGUAUCUGGACCUGGACCUCCAUACAGGACGGUCGACACCAACUAGACAGGUCAAGAAACGUUCCACGGCAGAAGGUGGAGCCGACGGCGGCGACCAAGGCGGAGCGGGCGAUGAACGGGCACGAGGCGAUCGCAGGCGUGUGGACUACGUGGUGGUGGACCCCAAAAGGACCAAGGCCCUGAAGAACACCCGAGAAGCAUGGCAUGAUGGGAGAAUGUCCACGGAGAAGGAGAAAAGCUAGACAUGCAGAGGGAAAGCCCGGAAGCGUGCAUGCUGUUAGGAUAAAAGUCUUCACUAUGAUACCAACAGAUACAAGUCUUUGUUUAAAGCAAUAAAUCACUCUAUCUUCUC